GCUCGCACCCCCACGGACUUCUGGUCGGUCUCCCACCUCCCCGCGCGCCCACUCCCACUCCUGCCCGCUUCCCUGCUGCCCCGCGGGCUCCGCGGGCGAGAGCGCCGAGGGGACCCACGGCCUUUUCCCCAUGGCUGACCUCAGCUUCAUCGAAGAUUCCGUCGCCUUCCCGGAGAAGGAGGAGGAUGAAGAGGAGGAGGAGGAGGGGGUAGAGUGGGGCUACGAAGAAGGUGUUGAGUGGGGCUUGGUGUUUCCUGAUGCUAAUGGGGAAUACCAGUCCCCCAUUAAUUUAAACUCAAGAGAAGCUAGAUAUGACCCCUCACUGCUGGAUGUCCGCCUCUCCCCAAAUUAUGUGGUCUGCCGGGACUGCGAAGUCACCAACGAUGGACAUACCAUUCAGGUUAUCCUGAAGUCAAAAUCAGUUCUAUCAGGAGGUCCAUUGCCUCAAGGGCAUGAAUUUGAACUGUAUGAAGUUAGAUUUCAUUGGGGGAGAGAAAACCAGCGUGGUUCUGAGCACACAGUUAAUUUCAAAGCUUUUCCCAUGGAGCUCCAUCUGAUCCACUGGAACUCCACCCUGUUUGGCAGUAUCGACGAGGCCGUGGGGAAGCCACAUGGCAUUGCCAUUAUUGCUUUGUUUGUUCAGAUAGGAAAAGAACACGUAGGCUUGAAGGCUGUGACUGAAAUCCUCCAGGAUAUUCAGUACAAGGGGAAGUCCAAAACGAUACCCUGCUUUAAUCCCAACACUUUACUACCAGAUCCUUUGCUUCGGGAUUAUUGGGUAUAUGAAGGCUCUCUUACCAUUCCGCCUUGCAGUGAAGGUGUUACCUGGAUAUUAUUCCGAUAUCCUUUAACGAUAUCCCAGCUGCAGAUCGAAGAAUUUCGAAGGCUGAGGACACACGUGAAGGGGGCAGAGCUUGUGGAAGGCUGUGAUGGGAUUUUGGGAGACAAUUUUAGACCCACUCAGCCACUUAGUGACAGAGUCAUUAGAGCUGCAUUUCAGUAGCCAAAGAGAAGAGGAACAAGACGGUCUUCAUCAGGGAGGAAGACAACGAUCCUAUAGUGCCCUUCGAUGAGAAAUGGAAACUUUUGAGCUGCAGCUCCGGUUGACCCUCAAAGCCUGCAUUGUUUGUCUUCAUCUAACCCAGCUCUGAUGGACGUCUGUGACAGCUGCCUCUACAUGUGCUCUAAUGAAAUACUAGAAGUGGCUGUACAUUCAAAAGAACCCCAGUAUUCUAUAUCCGUACCACUGCUGCUAGGAUUCAAAUUUUGGCACAUACUGUUUUUUGCUUAUGUGUAGAAGAAAUGAAACUAGUUUUCAGAGUUAUUAAUAUGAAUAUAUAUCACAUAUUAAUAAUGAGGCAGGAAAAAUACACUCAGUGUUAGCGGUCCUUCAUUUCCUGUCUCAGAGAAAAUUCACUCAUUUGGAGAAUAAUGUAAUUCUUAAUAAUAAAUAAGAGUUUUGAUCAGGAACAGCGUACGGCUUGCAAAUGGAAUGUGAAGGAUUAGUGAAGGUCGUAUCUCAUGUUGUUCAGCUCUCAUGCCACAAUUAAUGUCAUGCUGAUUAUUAUGCAAAACAAUUUUGGAGUUAAUGCAACAACAGAAUCACUUUAUGUAUUUCUCAAAGGAUCAAAUUGAAUGUAUGAAUCUAAUUGAUUUAUUUGACAUAUUAGAAACUCUGGUUUCUAGGAGUUUAAGAAAGGCAUAAAAAUAGGAUAAAAAGUAAGUGGGUACUACAUACCAGAAAAUAGCUUUAUUUUCAAUGAUAGAAACAUAAGUUUAAUAGUAUCCUAUGAUAAUUUAGUGUUGUACAUUUUGUAAGACCUUAAAAUAUUUUAUUCUAUGGAUUUUACUUUAGUAUAUUGAGACAUUGCUUUCUAAGAUAAUCAACAAUAUCUUUAUUUUAAUUAAUUUUAAGUGCUACUGGCAAAUGUAAGCAUAUGCUUAGAAGCAGUUAGAUGUGACAGAAUGAGAUAAUUUGUGUAAACUAGUAGUGUGCCUGGCACAAAGCAAGUACUUAAUAAAUGUUAUUUGUUGUUACAAUUAUUGUUGUAAAA